AUGAAUUUGAAGCGAUUUAAUUCAUCGAAAAUCGAUUUAAAAAAUGCUUAUAAAUUAUUAAAUUUAACCGAAAAUGCAACAAAUGAAGAAAUCAAACGUUCAUUUUUUGAAUUGGCCCGAAAAUUUCAUCCGGAUUCCAUUCAAAAUCAGGGAAAAAGUGAUGAUUUUAUUCGAAUUCGAAAUGCAUAUUGUUUAAUAGUAAGAAGUAGUCAGGUUAAAAUAGAAGAAGAAAAAGAAACCGCAACUUUUUCCGAUGAAAUUAUUGGUGAUAUAAAGCAUAAACCCGCUCAACAUCGACAGUAUUUAGAAUAUGGUGGAAUCGGACGUGGAAAUCCAUAUCAGCGUCAAAAACAAUAUAUAAAUCAUCGUGCUUUGCAAGCUUUAGAAAAUGUUCAUGAAUAUCUUCUCGAUAAAACUAAAUAUGAUAAGGAAAAUGAAAUGGCUACAACUUCAUUACAAGUAACGAAGGAACAAGAACAUUAUGCAAAAAAGCAAAAAACAACGAAUGCUAUUGAACGUAUGGUAGAAGAUAUGAUAGUCGAAUCGAUGAAAAGAGGCGAUUUUAAUAAUCUGAAAGGAAUGGGUAAACCACUUGCUGAGCAAGAAAGUAAUCCUUAUAUCGAUAAUGUCGAAUUUAAAAUUAAUCAAAUAUUAAUAAACAAUGGUUUUGCUCCACCAUGGAUCAUGAAGAAUGCGGAAAUACAAGAAAAUAUAAAAUUGUUUCGAAGCAAAAUAAGAAUGGAAUAUGCAAAAUACGUUGUGUCCAGAGAUGGCGUCAGUCUCACAUCUAACGUGCUAGCACAAUCGAAAUGGAAUAAUAUUACUAAAGAAAUGGAAGAAACUGUAAAUGCAAUCAAUAAAGCUGUGAAGGAUUAUAAUCUGUUAACUCCAUCAGUCUAUCGACAAUUGUUCACUCUGUCAUUUGUGCAGGAAAUGAAUAAAGCUGUUGCCGACGUUCAAAGUGAAAAUUUCAAUUCAAAAUGGAUUGUGAAAGCGCGUGAAAUGCUUGUCAAAUCUACCGAGAAGCCUGACUCAAAGUCAGGAUUUUUCGCCAAUAUUGUGCAAAAAUUUCGUAUGCAAUAA